GUUUGUGUUCUCUCCGGUUGACGAGAGUGAGAGUUAGUUGGAAAUAAGAAUGUCUGAGACCAGUGAAAUGAAACCUGUAACAGCCAAUGGUGCCUUUGAAGCCCAAGGCGAUGGAACCACAAAUGGGAACAAGGAAGGAGGAGGAAGGGGAGGGGUGGUUGAGAAGACAGAGAAGCAGCUGAAGAAGGAGGCGGAGAAGCAGGCCAAGCUGGAGAAGUUCAAAGCGAAGCAGCAGAAGAAAACCACCGCCGCCCAACCGGCACAAGGCGACCAGGAGGCGCCGAAGAAGAAAAAGGAGAAAGAAAAGGAGGACAAGAAGACAGCAGUGACUGUGUAUGACAAGGACACUCCGGCGGGGGAGUUCAAGGACCUCUCUCAGUUCCCGGACUCCUACAGUCCCAAAUACGUGGAGGCAGCUUGGUACCCCUGGUGGGAGAAACAGGGCAUGUUCACGCCAGAGUACAAGGGAGGGAAGGAGGCGAUGUACAGUGAGGAGAACAGGGCGGGGGAGAACACGUUCAUGAUUGUGAUCCCCCCUCCCAAUGUCACUGGCUCACUCCACAUAGGACACGGACUCACCAUAUCAAUCGAGGACACACUGGUCAGAUGGCACCGGAUGUGUGGCCGAAGAACUCUGUGGGUGCCUGGAUGUGACCACGCUGGCAUCGCCACACAAGUAGUAGUAGAGAAGAAGCUGAAGCGAGAGCAGAACGUCAGCCGACACGACAUCGGCCGAGAAGCAUUCGUGGAAAAUGUGUGGAAGUGGAAGGAGGAGAAGGGACACAUCAUCUAUGACCAAAUAAGGGCCAUGGGCGCCUCCGUUGACUGGAACCGAACGGCGUUUACGAUGGACGAGAAGCUUUGUAAGGCUGUGGUUGAGGCGUUUGUGAGACUGCACGAGGACAAGUUGAUUUACAGAGACAACAGACUGGUCAAUUGGUCCUGCACGCUCAAGAGUGCGAUCAGUGAAAUUGAGGUUGAUAAGAAAGAGUUAGCUGGGCGGACACUACUACCGGUGCCUGGAUACAAGGACAAAGUGGAGUUCGGAGUACUCGCCUCCUUUGCAUACCCAGUAGUCUCUGAUUCCGAAUCAGACUCAGCUACGGACAGCGGCGAGUCAAUCAUUGUGUCGACCACUCGUAUCGAGACUAUGCUCGCUGAUUCGGCUGUCGCAGUACACCCCGAUGACGAGCGAUACAAGUCAAUGCACGGGAAGUUUGUGCGCCACCCGAUCCGAGGGGACAAAAUGCCGAUCAUAGUGGACGACUUCGUGGACAUGUCGUUCGGGACAGGUGCGGUGAAGAUCACGCCGGCGCACGACCACAACGACUUCACAGUUGGGAGGAAGCACAAACUGCCCUUCUUCCAGAUGAUGGACGAGGAGGGCAACAUCAGUCUUGUGGAUGAGAACGAACGACAGAUACAGUGCAAGUAUAAUGGUAUGAAGCGCUUUGUUGCUCGCAAAGUGAUCGCCAAAGACCUCGAGGCACUGGGAUUGUUCAAGGGAGUCUCAGACAAUCCGAUGGUGGUGCCAGUUUGUUCACGAUCCAAGGAUAUUGUGGAACCUCUUUUAAAACCACAGUGGUACGUGGAUUGUGACCAGAUGGCCAAAGAUGCGAUCAAAGCUGUGGAAGAUGGUGCUAUCAAACUGUAUCCUGCAGCCUCCACUAAGCAGUGGAACUCGUGGCUGGAGAGAAUCAGACCCUGGUGUAUUUCGAGACAGCUCUGGUGGGGCCAUCAAAUUCCCGCCUAUUAUGUUAGCUUUGUGGAUCCGGCCAAGAUGCCGCAGUCGUUGGAUAAACACGCCAAAGAUGACCCAGAGAGAUGGAUCAGUGCUCGGUCGAAAGAGCGAGCAGUCGAGAAGGCUUGUAAGAAAUUUGGAGUCGAAGCAUCCGAGAUCGAACUGAGACAAGAUGAGGACGUGCUGGACACGUGGUUUUCCUCCGGUCUCUUUCCCUUCUCAGUGUUGGGCUGGCCGGAUGAGAGUGAGGAGUUGAGGAGGUUCUACCCUGGCGCUCUGCUGGAGACUGGCAAUGACAUCAUGUUCUUCUGGGUGGCCAGGAUGGUGUUCAUGGGACAGAAACUCAUGGGAGAUGUACCCUUCAAAGAGGUGUUCUUCCACGCUCUUGUGAGGGACGCGCAUGGAAGGAAGAUCAGCAAGUCAUUUGGCAAUGUGGUGGAUCCUCUGGAUGUCAUCAGUGGCAUAAGUCUGGCUCAGCUGCAGCAACAGUUGAAACUGAACAGCAACCUGGACUCCAGUGAGCUGAAAAGAGCCGAAGAGGGACAGAGAAAAGACUUCCCGAAUGGGAUCCCCGAGUGUGGCACAGAUGCUCUGCGGUUCGCCCUGUGUGCCUACACUGCACAAGGCAGAGAUGUGAACCUGGACGUGUUGAGAGUGCAAGGCUACAGGUUCUUCUGCAACAAAAUAUGGAAUGCGACUAAGUUGGCCGUGGAGCUACUCAAGGACACGGAUGGGCUCAUGUUCAAACCACCUCCCACUUUUGAAUCCCUUGUCGAGUUGGCGUUGUGUGGUGGUGAUGGACUGACUGAGUGGAUCGUGAGCAGACUGUGCUUUGCAGUUGAGCAGUGCAAUCUGGGUCUGUCCACCUACAUGUUCCCCACAGCCACCACUGGAGCAUACCAGUUCUUCCUCUACGAACUCUGCGACAAGUACUUGGAACACGUUAAGCCUAUUUUAAGAUCAAGUUCAGACUCCAGCUCUGAAAGUGAGAGCAAAACAGCGACCAGUUGCAGAGCAGCUCUCUAUUUGUGUUUGGACACAUCAUUGAAACUUCUGGCUCCUUUCAUGCCUUUUAUCACAGAGGAGCUGUGGCAGCGGCUUCCUAAAAUGUCAUCACCAGGGGAGACGCCGCCUGCCAGCAUCCAUGUUUCAAAUUACCCACAAAAAGCACAGUUUGAGUGGUUGCGUAAAUUGGACUGUGAGGAGGCAGAGGAGAACGCUUUCAGCAUCAUCCGUCAGAUCAGAGGAACAAGAGCAAAUUACGAAGUGCAGAAACAACUCAAGCUCGACGUGUGUCUGAGUGAAGUGAGCGAAGAUAAGAAACAAUGCAUACUUGACUUCUCCAACUUCAUCACCACUCUCUCGUUUUUGUGUCUGAGUGAAGUGAGCGAAGAUAAGAAACAAUGCAUACUUGACUUCUCCAACUUCAUCACCACUCUCUCUGGCUGCAGACUGACCUUCGAACACAGUCUGGAAAAGGUGCCAAAAGGAUGUGCAGUUUGUGUGCUGCCAUUCUGCAAGGUCAACAUUCUGCUCUCAGAUAUAAUUGACAAAGAAAAAGAACUUGGGAAGUUGGCUACCAAACAGGAGUCCAAAACGACUUCUCUUCAGAAGCUGCAGGAACAGACUAAAAUGCCAGACUACGACACCAAAGUUCCAGAAUCGAUACAAGCCAAAAAUACAGAAAAGAUUCAAGAACUGGAAAAAGAGUUAAUGGAUUUGGAAAGUGCUAUUGAGGCCUUAAAAGCAAUGGAGAUUUAA